AUGCUGCCUUCCACAGUCGGCUGUGAACCGGCAGAGCCUUUCCUCUGUGGUCGAUUGAACGGCAGACUCCCCCCACGACCUCGUGCCCAACUAGGGAGGACAGCAGAAGCAGAUGUUGGCAGAGGCUAUUGGGGCAGCGCAGCCGCAGUAAGCCUUCCGUCGACCAUUGCGCUGGCAAGGGCCAGAAGGCGCCGUGCCAGACGAAGUUCCGUAGCUAGCAAAUGGGAGGAUGGGCCAUCCAAUGGCAGAGAACGCCCCAGCCCACCAACGCCAACAGUUCUACAAGCAGAGCCCUUCAUCGAGCCAGACUCGGUGCCUGUGGCGGACAAGAGUCCUCCCAGCCUCAACGAGGACUGGAGCGGCAUGGCUGUCACGAAUCGCGUGAAGCGAUUGAAAGACAUGGUCUUCAUGAAGGAGAUGAAAGCGGCCAUCACGUCCGGCGAGUUUGCAUUGCGCCUGAGCGGUGCUGAACGGCCUGGCCUGGUGGACUAUGAGGGCCUGUGCAAUGUCUUGGACGGAUUUGCGGACAGGCUAGAGAAGAAGGUUGGCCCAAGUGAAGAUGAGGAGGCUUGGAAGGCGCUGGAGGACCUGAAGGUGAUUCGCUCCAGGCUCCAAGAGAAGCUUGUGGCCAUGACCAAGGUCCGCCAGAGUGACAUGGAAGCCGCUGUUCAGGAGCCGGGCAAUAAAGCAGAUUCAGAUGAGGACUUGACGAUCACCACAAAGGCAAUCAGGCCGGCAAACAGCAGAUUCAUGCUGUACUUGCGAGCCGAUGCAAAAGUUGACGUCGACACGGCGCUUCAGGAGUCCCAGGUGGAGCAGCCGCUGAGCCGUGACCUUUGGGAGCGUUUGGAGGGUCAGUCGGACGGCCAUUGCCUGCCAGCGGAGCUGCAGGUGGAAGAGCAGGAGUCGAUCCUUAUGCAGGCCAAAUACGAGCUGGCAAAAGCGCGAGCAAAGCGAGGGCACGUGCUUCAAAGGAUGUCCGAGGCCACGGGAGGUUGCGCCGAGCUCUUCCGCUUGGACCGGGAAAUCUCGGGUCGCCGGAAUCUCGUGCUGCUCGCAAACGUGGACCUGAUCUUGGAGAAGGUGGCUCUCCAUUUGGAGAAGUCCCUGCAACAAGCGAGCAUUUCAGAAUGGGAUGCUUCAGGACGCCACUUGAAGGAGCUGGUGUCUGAGUUCUCCUGGCUGGAGAACCAGGUGGCUCCUUACAAGAAGUACUUGCACCGAGAUCCGGAGGAUGUGGCGGUGAGAGGCCUGGACCGCGACGAAGUGCAGCUCCUGGAGCGGAAAGUGGCGCGAAUUGCGGGCCGAGCAGGGCUCCAUGUGGAUCAGAUUGACCGGGGCCAAAGCUUCCUCUGGAAGAACCUGGUGUCUCUGCGAACCUCCUUGCGGAAAAUCCGGCGUGGCCUCAUGUUUCAGGUGAAUGGCGUGCGUCUGCUCUACCAGGACCUCCAGCAUGCAAUCAGGCUUGUCCUCAAGGUCUUGUUCCUGAACCACGCCUUGCAGAAGCGCGAAGCCAAUGUGUGUCGACGUGCAGUCAAGGACCUCCUCGUUCUGGUGCCUUUCCUGGUGCUGCUUCUUAUUCCGCUCUCCCCUCCUGGACACAUGCUAGUUUUCUCUUUGAUUCUCAAGGUCUACCCGGACUUUGUUCCCACCCCGUUCACCGAGCAUCGCCAAAAUGUGAUGCGCAUCUACAAUGAAAUCAAGCCGGUCAGUGAGACAAGGUCUUGA